GCCGGCGGGGUCAUGGAGCCGCACGCGGUCUACUCGGGGUCGGCGGCCGCCUGGCCUCCCUCGGCCCCGGCGGCGCUCAACAGUGGCGCCUCCUACAUCAAGCAGCAGCCCCUGUCACCCUGCAACCCCGCGGCCAACCCCCUGUCCGGCAGCCUCUCCACGCACUCCCUGGACCAACCGUAUCUACACCAGAACAGUCACAACGCCCCAGCCGAGCUGCAAGGCAUCCCGCGGUAUCACUCACAGUCGCCCAGCAUGUGUGACCGAAAGGAGUUCGUCUUCUCUUUCAACGCCAUGGCGUCCUCGUCCAUGCACUCGGCCAGCGGCGGCUCCUACUACCACCAGCAGGUCACCUACCAAGACAUCAAACCAUGCGUGAUGUGAGGCUGCGGCCCGCGGGGCCCUCCCGGCACAGGCAGGCCAGGCGCAGGGACCUCGGAACCCAUCGCAAGAAACUGCUUUAUUCUCGAGGUAUAACCGUCGGCAGAAGAAAAGGGCUUGACCCCUCCCCAACCGGAUUAUUUGGAAAGAAACGCCCAACGCAAAGACCUGGUGCUGUGGUUGGCACGGCCUCCCCCACUCCCUCAAAAUUUUUAGAAAAUGAUAGUGGUGGGGCCUGACCUGACUGCAGCUGUCGGUAAAUAAAUGUCUAUUUUUGAUCCGAUUGAAACGGGCUGAGAAGGUGCUGUGUUGGGGAAAGCCCUCAACCUCCGAACGAGGACUCUGCUGAGGUCUCUCCCCCGUCUCCCCUCCACGGCAAAGGUGGGGGAAGGUUUUUAGAAGAAAGGCAAACAUGUGAGACCAGUCAUUAUCAAAUACUUUUAUUUUUUGGUUGAGUAUUUAUCUUUUUAUUUGUAAUUUUUUGGAAAGAAUGUCGUGGAAUGCGCAAGUCUCCCUUUAGAGCCGUCUUUUGCGGGGAGGGGUGGGGGACCGGGAACCGCCUUCUCCCCCCACCUCGAAGGUCCUCUCCAUCAAACGCAGGUGGAUUUUGGUGCGAACAACUUGCAUUUCUGAAGCCACUGUUCGUCUUCGAAAAGGAAAUAGAAGGAGCCAACAGGCCAGCGGCUGAGCGGCCUCUGCCGUCCCCUUCCGCCUUCCUCUUCCUCCUCCUCUUCAGCCUUUUUUUUUUUUUUGGUUUGUUCUGAAUUUUAUUUUGACUUUUUCGGUGGGUAUUUUUCUCUCUCCUGAUCUCUACUGUACACUUUCUGGUCCGAGAACGAGGCAAACACAGCGCGACACAGGGACUGGGAAGGCCUGGUGACCGUGCGUAUUCAGGAUUGCGGUGACACAGAAAGGUUAAGGCACUUUUUAAAACUAUAGCAAGGCUCAUCCUGUUAUUUAUUCUACUUUCUCUCCCUAAUUAUCGGAACACCGCAUAGGCUCCUCCGUUGAUCAGUAUUAAUGGUGUAACUUUGUUGGCAAUAUUUGCCAUGUAGAGUUUUUUUUGUUUGUUUGUUUGUUUGUUUUUAGGUAUCCAUUGUAAAUUUGAAACAAAGACCGAUCUGUGUAAAAACAAAUUUCCAUAUGUUUUAUAUAAAUAUAUAUAUAAUAUGAAGGACUACCCCUCCUUUUUUUUUUUUUUAGUACUUUGGCUGCUGGGGUGCAGCGUUUGUGACACAUUUUAAACUUCCUUCUGCACUGUAUAAAACGACAAUUUGAUGAUGUUUUGCCUUUUGUGUAUUUUUUUUUCCUAAAAAAGAACAAAAAUAAAAAUGUAUAACAUUUGUA